CUACAGAUAGUGAACAUAGAGUACUGCGUUCUUAAUAUACAUUGUACCUGGAGCUUGGGAAGUACCCUCCUUACCAGUCACUGUUUUUGGUUCGAUUCAGUGUUUGCGGGGUGGGAUGGGUGGGGGGUGGAGAUGGGAUUGCAUAACUUUUGUAUGCUGCUGUCCGUACAAACGAAAAGAAAAAACAUCAACACCCUUUGUCAGUCCUCUAAAAUGUAAUGAAGAUUUGAAAAACAAUAAGGUCAGGAAAUUUUGAGCUGAGUUAGUAGGAAUGCAGUAAAACAAAACAAUGAUGAGCACUUGAGUGUGGGGUUGGGUUUCGUCUGCUUUUUGUUUCGUUAGCGAGCUUUGAAAACAGAUUGAAACAUUCAAAACAUAUCAUGCAUGGAGUAAUGAAAAUAUGAGGAGAAAAGAGUAACCUUAUCCAUACACAACUCAUAGUUCCUCGGUUCGCUCCGACGAAGGGCUAGUGUAACCUCUAUCCCAGGUUGUCUCUUCCUCCUAUUUGAAUCCCAUUUACGCUAGCCAAGUUUACAUCAUCAACUCAAUUGAUCUAACCAAAUUCCCCAUACUUCACAGUUUACUGGAAAAAGGAUUUUUAAGAUAAAAAAUGAUAAAAGACUUCUCAUUCUGAACUAGAUCACUAACUGCUAAACAGGUAUCACCAAAGUUGUAUCAUAAGUGGGCUGUUAUAUCGUAAUGUCCUUUGUCCUGAGUUCUCUCUCUCUAAAACAAACACUCAUCAGCCGCGAACCCUCAAAGUAAAAACUUAAUCUUUGACGGACUUUUCUAAGCUUUAUUUUUAUUCUUAUUUACGACUGGCCGUGGUUAAGGCUUUGAGCGUGUGGGGAAAUAGGCCCUUUUAUGACUUUUUAUCCCUUUUGAAAAUAAGUUGUAAAUUUUAGCUAAAAAGCCAAAACGACUAUCUGCACCUUUCUUCGUUGAUUCGUAUGCUUCUUUAAUAUGGCAUUUGUAUCAGAAACGUUCCACAGGGUGUUACGCCUUCAAAACCCAAAAGCGGGUGGUAACUACAAUUAUCUUUAAUUAAAAUUAACACGGUAAAUUACCCUUAUUAUUCUCGGCCAUUCGUAGGUACCAAUCAAAAGGCUUGACGCUCUGUGGGCCACUUCUGCUCCAACAUGUAUCAUAGACCUAGAAGUAAGUUAUUUAACCAGUGCGGGUUUCUCUGACGUGACCUAGAUGAAAUACGACACCGAAUGUGUGAUGUGGCUGGAUAUUCCAAGAAAGUUCAAUUGACAUCCGCUGUUUGUUCAGUUAGCAAUUCCGAGAAAGCGAAACGUGAGCCCUUUUAAUUCAAAAAAACAACUGCAGGCGAGUCAGUUAGAUUCAAGGAAAGAUCUCUUGCGGACGACGUUUUUGGUAAAUUUUUCAGUUUGCCCUGAUUCUAGAGUGGUUUUGUUUGUUGGCCUCUUUUAACUUCAGUCGCUAGACAUUUUUACUUGGGAAGGUAGAAUAGAGCUUCGAACAGAUAUUUUGGUAGUAAAAUUGAAAGAGGAAUUUACGGUAAACAUGUCUUAAAAACGGAUCGGAAAGUCCAGGGUCAUUUUCUCGCAGCGGUAAUGGAUUCAAAAAGUUAGAAUUCUCCCGCUUUCGUUAACGUAGACCGAAAGCUCCUCUCUGACUUUUCAAGUGUUGCUGCUUCUACGGCGGAAUUCGUUUCUGAAACACGACGCGCCAGAGAAACUCGCUCCUUUGUGAGGAUUUUCUCAGUAUCUGCAAAAAGGAGUUGAUCGUAUAAAUUCGUGUUCAGAAGUAAAAAAAAAAAGUACAGAUAGCCAUAAGAUCUAUUUAUGAGUUUCUGAGUUACAGGAAGGUUGUGCCGUUUUAUGAGACGUGGGCGAGCCUUUAUGGCAGAAGUUCCUGUACAACUUGAGCUCUUUUGAACGACGAAUUAUGGAUCAAGCCAACAGUAACAAAAUUUCUGCCUUUAAAUUGCACAAAAUCGUUAGAAACAGGGACUAAUUAAAAUAUAAAUUCUCUCUCUGGUGGCAAAGAUUUCAAUAUUAUCCCAAAUUUCGAUAGAAUUGAGUCGUGUGCUAGAUUUUGGACUUCACAUAGUUUUAGUGUAAAAUGGGAAUUGGCUACAUGCAGACGGCGGUGAACAAACGAAACUUAAAAGUUAGUCAUAAUCGUGCCCUAAAUUACUAAUUAAUGUUUAAAGAAAAGCUAGAGGCUUCCCUUUUUCAGAGUUUUUGUUAUUUGUCAAGACAUAUAUUUAGACUAAAGCGAGGUGAAUGUGGUUGACAUCGCCGACAGAGACUAUUCGGUGAGAAUCCACCAUUUUCUGUCCGCGUAAUUGCAAGUGCUACUUCGUGGAGACCGUUUCAUAGUAAAAUCUACUCGAAAAUUGCCUUUGCCCUAAACAAAAAAAAACAAAAAAAAAACAGCGAGCAGUUGAAAACGAAAAGUAUCUCCGAAAAGUUUAAACUGCAAGACAGUGUCGCUAAAUCCCCAUAACUGGCCGUAUCAGCUACGGAUUUUCUCUCAUUCUGGUUCAUUUCCGUUUGAAAGCCUAAGCUUUUACACGGACGAUAGCCGAACGCAAAACUCUCGUAAUAGAGUUCUCUGAAGGACUUUUUCAUUUUUAGAAGCGAGAGAACCGAAUCGUUUCAGUUUAACAGCAAACAGAGGUUUGCGCCCAGCUACAGGGAAUUUGAUACAAGCACAGCUGUUCAUCUGUUUUCCUGGAAAGCGUCCGAGUGUUCCGGGAAAGUGAAGGGUUAGAAACCGUUCCUCUUGCUUUGAAAAUAUUUGAUGCUAAUUUUAUACUAAAUUAUAGUGAAUGAAAAGUAAUUGAAUAUUAUCAGUGGGGUUCCGUCCAUUCAACAAGUCUGUUAUCCAGAGAAACACAGCAUACAGCUCCUCUAUGUAUACUAACCCGGGAAUGCCUUCAUAAAUGACCUAAAAAUAACUGGGUGAAAACAAGGAAAUUCCAUUUUAUAAUCAGUCAAAAUUAGAAAACACGCAAAACUAAUAGUAUAAUUAGAGACAUUACAGGUAAAAUUGAGACUAGCAACAGCUGCUUAUUCUUUGAGAAAGUAAAUGGGAACAACAGAGCCCGGAUGGUUCUGGAAAAACUUAAAUGACACGCAGAGCUUUGAUCUGCUUGCAGACAAAGUAAAGCAAAUGCACAUAUUUAACAGCAAAAAUGGAAACUAAUGUUUAUGUUGUUUCAGAGAACAAAAGACAUUUUUCUGCUAAGCUAAAGUGAAUGUUCGUUUGAUUUGAAAAUUAGACACCCUCAGCUGUAUGAAUUUCAACGAGGUAUAGUUUUAAUUUAUGUUGCUAUUGGGACCCAGCUUAGUUUCCUAACAGGGUUAUGAAAGUAAGACUCCUGAAGAAGGCGUGCCUUCUAUCAGUCAACGGUUGGUCAACCAUGGUGAAAAAAUGGCUAAACGAGAGAUCAAACUCGGACUUGCACAGGCAGGUUUCAAGCUUAGAGAAAAAAAUAAACAAAAACACGCAUAUAAAAUGCUCUCCGUACCUUAAAUGAAAACCCCAUUAACAGAUUUAAUUCCAGUAAAAGCACUUUUUUGCAUAACCUCAACCAUUAGUCUGCGGUUUUCGUUGUUUGAUUUCCUGACUACCUUGGAUGGAAUUCGUUAACCGCUCCACCGGCCGUCGCCGGAAGUCUUAUGAAACAAGUACAUAUUUCCGGGAAAUCUGUUCACGUGACAACCGCGGUUUCUUUAGUCGGCAAUUCCGGGAAAUCGUUAAAUUCCAAGAAAACUCUGUACCUUUCGCCAAGCUCGGGGCAGAUUUCUAUCUAAAGUUUUCGGUGACAAUGAUUACUUAAUGCGAGCAGAAUUCUGACGGCUUUUCCUGGUUACAAUGGACGUUGAUGUUGAUGAUGAGGGGUUUGACUUGAUUCAGCCAUCUCUCAUUCAGCAGUUGAGGAAAAUCUUAGAUGAGUACCCGGAUGAUGGUCAGAUAUUAAAGGAGCUUAUUCAGAAUGCAGAAGAUGCAGGAGCAACAGAGGUCAAAUUUCUUUAUGACAAACACAGUUAUGGGACCAAGAAACUCCUUAGGAAAAGUCUUGCACAGUUUCAGGGACCAGCUCUUUAUGCCUACAACAAUGCCAAGUUUUCUAAAGAGGACUGGAAAGGCAUCAGAAUGAUUUGUGACAGUAUCAAAGUUAAAGAUCCCAUGAAAGUGGGCCGGUUUGGCUUGGGUUUCAAGUCUGUAUUUCAUAUGACAGAUUUACCAAGCAUCCUUAGCGGUCAAAGAAUGGGGUUCAUUGACCCGCACGAGGAACACUUUAGUGAAGGUGUAAACCGGAAAACGGGAUUUGAUUGCAGAUUAAAUAAGGGGUGUGAGACCAGCACACCUGAUCAGUUUGCUCCUUACAACGGGAUAUUUGACUGCGAUGAAGAAGUGUUUCGUAGUGGACAUUACAAUGGGACGAUGUUUCGUUUUCCCUUGCGUACCACACCGUCUGAAUUAUCGCAAACGAUGUACUCUGUCGAGAAAGUUACAAAUUUGUUUGACAGUUUCAUGGCCGACGCUCACCUGGCACUCUUGUUUAUGCGAAACCUUGAAGCUAUCGAGCUUUACGUACGAGAGGAGUUAGAGGCACAGCCCAGAAGAGUCUUUCGAGUUAAAAUCAGCGACGAAUCUGCCGCUCAGUUGGCAAGAAGCAGGAGAAAGGAAUUCUUUGCUGCAGUCAAACCUGGAAGCCACAUGGCAGAACCUGUCACAGUCACUUACCCGAUCACAAUUGAAGUUGAGGCAGAUGGCAAGAAAGCGAGUCAUUCGUUUCUGGCAACAAGCUACUGUUGUGGUGGUCAAGUAUCAGAGCAGUUUGAGCGGCUCUUAACAGACAAAGACCUUAGCUACUUACCUUUAGUUGGUGUUGCUAUGGCGCUACCAUCGGGAGCAAACCCCCAGACGCCCAACGUUUCAGGUCAUGUAUUUUGUGUUCUUCCUUUGCCAGUGCCACCUAAAAGCAUGACCGGUCUGCCAGUGCAUGUGAACGGAUUCUUUGCCCUGAGCCAGAACAGACGACAUAUCAAAAUGCCAAAUGUGAAUCAAGAAGAGCGAGCAAAGCUGGAUGACAAGUCCUUACUCUGGAACUGCUGUCUCCUUGAGGAAGCUGUCCCAAAGGCGUAUGCCACGUUGAUUUUUCAAGCCAUUGAAAACAACGUACCACCAGAGGCAAUUUACAAGGCAUGGCCAGAUAUCACCAGCAUUGAACCAACCUGGAAAAGACUGCAAGUUCCUCUGUUAAAGUUUCUAUGCAGCGCCCCCGUCAUAUUCACAGAAGCCGCAGGAGGGAAAUGGCUUGACAUCGGGGAGGCUAUCUUUGACAGACUUCAUGAAGACGACCCAAGAGAGCUGCUUCGACAAGUUUUGUUUCAAGCCCGUCAAAACGUCGCUACUGUACCCGACCACGUGAUUCAGUGUAUCACCUGCCAUACACCUGCCAUCUCAGAGGUCGAUCCCUCCUUUGUACGACUUGUUCUCAAGAACACCCCAUCGUGUUAUGUGACGUUAGGACGAACAGAGAAGUUGUGCCUCCUCAAGUUUGCUCUUAAAGAUGAGAUGUUUUUCCAGCUGCUUGGCUUGGAACUUUUGCCUCUCUCUGAUGGGACAUUUACAUCUUUUAGAAAUCCAGAUGAAUUUGCCAUUUAUAUGACACCACCAGAGCAUCCAGCAGAGCUUCUACCUGGCUUACGACACCGACUUCUUGCCCAGGACGUUGACAGAGGCAUUUUAAGAAAGCUACAGGAAGUUGCAGAGAAAGGAUGCACUCAGCUAGAACUCCUUCGCAAAGAUCAUUUACCUGAUCUGCUUCGGGAAUCACUGCCACCUAAUUGGAUAAAUGGCGACAAGGUUCAAUGGCACCCUGACGAUGAAACUCGCAACCAGCCACCACAGAAGUGGCUCCUUUUCCUGUGGAAUUACCUCAGAGAACAUUUCACAACGGAAGAAGAACUGUGUCAGCUACAAAAUCUCCCCUUGAUUCCGCUUGACUUCAAGAAACUUCCUGUCACACUAACAAAGCUGAAGAAGCCUUCCAAAGUUGUCGUUAGACGGCUGGGUAGUGCCGUCCUCGAUCAAACUUUGUGUAAAGUCCUGACACGUCUGGGUGUGUUAGUCAUGGAAGAUUUCCCUGACUUUUUGAAAAACCAUCCCGCUAUUCUGGGAACAUUUGUCCAGCCACCAUAUGUCAGUGGCAUUUUACAAGCCAUGAAAGUUUCUUCCUUCGAAAUGGGUGAAGGAAUGCACUCAGCGAUCUUGCUGGAGAAAGUCACUGAUAAUGAAAAACGUUCCUUGAGAAAGUUUAUUGCCAAGACCCCAUCCUUAAGUUCUGAAGAAAAGAAUACUCUUCUUUGUCUUCCCAUUUUCGAAACCUUUGGUAAUUCAAGAGAAUUCGUGUCAAAGGGGCAAGGCCUGCAAGCAGCACCAGCUGAUGCAGGCGAGUUUCCAGUGAGUCCCAAAAUGCCUUUCAUUGACAUUAAGGAUGAAGACUCCAGUAGGAUGGCUCGUUUAUUGGACAUCACAAUCCUAAACACCACUGAUUUUCUGCUUGAGGGGAUAUUUCCACACGUUCAGAACCAAGCCUAUCUAAAUGAAGAAAUCGACAGACUUAUGGCUUUUGUGAUCAAGAGGUAUGACGUCUACGUUGGUGACCGUACCAGAUUUGAAGCGGAAAUGAAAGCGUUGCGGUUUGUGCCAACCGGUGGAGGUCGUGUCACAGCGCUGGAUCUCUUUGAUCCAAGGAACGAGCUGCUGCGGGACAUUUUAGCUGAAGAAGACGUUUUCCCUUUCGGAGAGCAAUACAAUAAGUCUUCAGUCCUUGCAGUUCUGGAGAAGCUUGGUAUGAAAAGUGAGGAAAAAAUCACCGCCCAAGAACUCUAUCAAAGUGCCACAAGAAUUCCUGAAGUUUCAAGUAUGCAUGCGGAGCGAAAGUCACAAGCAGUGAUGGCAUAUUUAGAAAGGCAGCCGAGAAGGCUUAGAGAGACCGUCAAUGGAACAGCACUGGGAGACCUGCUUCGAGAAAUACCUUGGGUAUGUAUCAUGAGACAAAAACCCGACCAUUUUCCAAGCAGUCUUCCUUUCUGGGGAGAAGUAAAUUCAAAGAACAAAUUCUUCAGACCCACAGACGUCAAGAGUGCACAAAAGGUUAAUCUUAUUGGAACAGUAAAGCCCAUUGCCGAGACAGAAUCAUCGAGUCCAUUAGCCAGCUACUUUGGCUGGAACGAAAAUCCCCAUGCUUUUGACGUUGUUAAGCAUUUAAGUGUUGUAGUAAAUUGUUACAAACAAGACGAAAAGUCACUCUAUAUGGAGAUAGUGCAAGACACCUACUCUUUCCUCACUGAUGCAGAUCAUGCUGAUGUCAGUAAAGCCUUUCAGGGAAUGGAGAACUCCAGCUGGAUUUGGAACGGAGAUGGAUUUUCGGCUCCCUCUGUUAUGCUUGCCGAAAAGCCGUCACCUGAUCUCUCUCCAUACAUUUCCUUCCUUCCAACCGAGACACGGAAGUAUCGUGAUUUGUUUUUGAAGUUUGGCAUCGAGGCAAAGUGUGAAGCCUCCGUUUUGCGUCGCGUCCUUUGGUUGAUAAAGGAGAAGUAUGACCGUCCUGAUCAUCGUGCUGAAGCCUCUGACGUGGAAAGCGACCUGCAAUUAUCCGUUUCUAUCCUGAAUAAGUUACAGAGUAAUGGUGAUGAGCUGUCCCUGCAAUUUAAAGAAGAAGUUCUUAUUCCAACGUACGUGAAAGAAGAUGCCUUUGUCAGGCUUGCACAACCUGAGGAGUGCAUGUACUGUGAACGUGAGUGGCUGCAAUCAGAAACUGAUGAUGAAGACACAGCCCAUUUCCUCGUCCAUCCCUACGUGUACAACAGCACAGCAGAGUUUUUCGGUGUUCGAACGCUAAGUAACUCAAUGCUGGAUCCCGACGAGCUAGAAGUGGGAGAACAAUUUGGUCAAGAGGAAAAACUAACUUGCAGACUCAACAAACUUCUUUUAGAAGACUACACCGAUGGAUUUGCGGUGCCAAAAGAACUUAUUCAAAAUGCAGACGACGCUGGUGCCACUGAAGUCAGCUUCCUGUAUGACGAACGGACUAAUGAAGACGCCAUGACCUGUCUGAUUGACGAGGGAAUGAGGGAAUGCCAAGGCGCUGCCCUGUGGGUGUACAAUGAUGCCGAGUUCCGAAAUGAAGAUUUUGAAAACUUAACAAAACUAAACGGAGCAACGAAAGAAGAGGACACUGACAAGAUUGGAAGGUUUGGCCUUGGCUUCAACGCAGUGUACAACCUAACUGAUGUACCCAUGCUUGUGAGUAGAAAUUAUUUCGUGGUUUUUGAUCCCAACACCUUCUACCUGGGAAAACAAAUCAGGAAUGUGAGUAAACCAGGUAUAAAAAUCGACACAAAUAAGAAUGUAAAGGACUUGCGGAAGUUCCGAAAUCAGUUCAAACCGUUCAAUGGCAUCUUUGGUUGCGACCUUCGUCUAGAUAAAGAUGACAACUCCUUUCAGGGAACGCUGUUUCGUUUCCCUUUGCGAACCAAAGGACAAGCCAUACGAAGUGAAAUCAAGCAACUUCCUUACGACUUCAAGCAAAUGAAAGAAUUACUGAGGCUAUUCAUUCGUGGGGCCAGAUCGCUGCUACUUUUCACACAAAAUGUACGCAGCGUUAGCAUCUUUCAUUUGCCCAAAGAUUCCUCAGAGCAGCCACAACCUAAGCUCAUUUUUGAGGUUACCAAAGAGUUAUCAAAGAAUGGGAUCUUGAGAGAGUUGUCUGUCCCAUUCACCUUAUCCACUGCUGCUCAAAAUCUGGGCAUUGAAGAACAGUUCUUUUUGAAGCAGUGCAAUUUCCUGAAAGCGUCAUCUGAGGUCGCGACGUGUGCUUCAGAUUCCAAUACUUCAAGCACUGAGUUCCUACGAUCUGCACUUCAACUCAACGUGAAAAGCACUGUUACAGAGGCCGGUAACCGUUUCUUUGAAGACGAAAUUCACUCACAAUCCGUUGUUGAGACGUGGCUGGUGGCAUCGUCAAUGGGCACUGGCGAGGCAAUGAAGUUCUCGAUUCAAAACAAAGCCAAAAGUCUUGUUCCGUCAGCUGGAGUUGCGGUUCAACUGACUAACCACAAUGCUCCCAUUUCGAUACCUGUUUGUCAAUCAACUGACACAGGGACUUUGUUUUGUUACCUUCCACUUCCAAUCCAUAGUGGUCUGCCUGUACACGUCAAUGGAGCUUUCGCAGUUACUUCUAACAGGCGUAAUUUGAAAGAGAAAUCGGAAGACGACAAACCUAGCUUUGACUCAGGGUGGAAUGACGUUCUCUUGAGAGACUGUGUUUGUUCAGCAUAUCUUGAUCUUGUUGAAGACGUCAAGCCAGCUACAGAAGCUCCUGGGAACACGUAUCAGUUCCAUUCAUUGUGGCCCAAGUACUGUGAAGUCCAAAAAGCCUGUGAGCCUCUUGUACGUUCAUUUUAUGGGCGCCUUGUUACAAGGAGUCUCCCUCUCUUUGCGAGUGGCUGCAGAUGGGUCGGAAUCCAUGACGUUUGUUUUCUCCACCCAAAGUUCCGUCUUGAUGAUCUUAUCGGAGAUAUUGCGUUCGAGGUUUUUCAGGCGUUAGCUAGUGGCAGUAAAGCUGUUGUGGAUCUCCCGGCCGACGUGUACGAGUCGUUUGAAAAGUGUGGUCUGGCAGCAAAGAUCCAGCCUGGAUGCUAUGAUGAGGUCAGGUUUUAUCGUGAAUUAUUCUUCCCGAAAAUUGCUUCUGUGCCCCCUCAGUUAAGGAACAACUUAGUACUUUACGCAUUAGAUGACAAAAGUGAAAAGUUUGAUGGCUUUCUGGCUGCAUAUGCCUGCAUUCCGGUUUCCCCUUUCGGGAAAACACUUAAACUUCCAAGAGAACUGGUCUCUCCAAAACGAGAGGCAAGAUUGCUUUUUUGUCCAGUAGAUGAAAGGUUUCCGCACGGCAGUCAGGAGACGUUUCUUAAUCCUACACGGCUGUUUAAGCUUGAGAGGCUUGGAAUGUUGACAGAUGAUAUCUGUUGGCCUGACGUUGCAGAAAGGGCAGAGAGCAUUUGCAUUUUGAAUAAAAAUGACAGCGACGCAGCAGUUGAGAGAAGUGAAAACUUGAUAGGCUAUUUAGAGAAAAAACUGAAGCGUAGCGGUCAAUAUAUUGAGUCCCAGGUUCAAACCAGGAUUUUAAGGGCAAAAUUUAUUCCAGUUCAAAAGAAGCCACAAUCGUUUCCGCUCACAUGGAUGGGCGACCAGUUACAAGAUGGAAGCAAUCAAGUCCUGGUGUCACCGGCGGAUGUCUAUUUAAGAGAACACUUGUAUUUAGUGUGUUGCUCUGAAGCAAUAGUAAAUGUGUCCAUGCCACCUAAAGUCAAAGACUUUCUGAAGUUAAACAGGAAUCAGCCUACAGUCAAGCAUGCGAUCAACCAACUAAAUGAGGCUGUGUCUACAAGCUUAGGCAUCGCUGGUAGCGACGAGAUCAGAAAAGUGUGCAUCGAGUCCUACAAAUUUCUUGAAGGGGCUCUCAAGAAGAAUGAAACCAAGAUAGUAGAUUGCCUCAAGGGGAAACGUUUCAUUCUUGUUGGAGAUGAGUUUUUGUGUCCAAAGCAAAUAGCGUUCAAGCUAAAUGCUGAUUGCCCUCCUUUCCUUUACAAGGUUCCCGAAGAACUGGCUAGGUUGUGUUCCACACUUUUGAAAGCAACUGGAGUAAGAGAUGUUUUUGAGGCAGAAGAUUUCAUUAGCGCUUUGGAGCGCAUCAAGGAACGUUUUGAAGGUAGGAAACUGGACAAACGGACGCUUGCUGUUGCAGUUACCCUUUCUACUCAAUUAGAAGAUUCACUGGUGGAGUCCAAGUCCUGUAUUACAACAGAUAAGAAGAGGGAAUCCAUUUAUCUUCCGAAUUCAAACGGAGUAAUGAAACUAGUGAAAGAACUUUGCUUUCAAGACUGCUCUUGGAUUUCCGGGGAAACGGGCAUUCAGUUUGUCUAUUCCAAGAUUCCUCAAUCGACAGGUGUUGCAUUAGGAGUAAAGACAAGGAGAGAAGAGGCUUUGCGGCGUCAUGCACUGGGAAUAUCUUUUGGGCAAAGGGAAAAACUAACAAAUCGCUUGAAACGCAUCCUGAAGGCUUAUCCAUGUGGGAACGAACUAUUGAAAGAACUCCUGCAGAAUGCAGAUGACGCUCAGGCAACUGAGAUUUGCUUUAUUUUGGAUCCCCGCAGCCAUCCCAAGGAGCGGAUAUUUGAGACCUGUUGGGAGCCUCUGCAGGGCCCUGCCUUGUGUGUGUACAACAACAAGCCUUUCACAAAAUCCGACCUUGAAGGAAUACAGAACCUUGGAGAGGGCAGUAAGGGAGACGAUCCAAGCAAGACGGGCCAGUAUGGGGUCGGUUUCAAUGCUGUCUACCACCUUACAGACGUUCCUUCGUUCAUGUCCAAAGGGGACGAGAUCGGUGACGUUUUGUGUGUGUUUGAUCCACAUUGCCGGUACGUCCCUGAUGCUAAUCCCCAGGAACCAGGCAGAAUGUACGCAGAUACAGCAAAGCUAAAAGAAACGUUUCCAGAUGUAUUUUCGUGCUACCUAGGGGAGCAUUUCACCUUAGAGGAUUCAACCAUGUUUCGAUUUCCACUCAGAACACAAGAGAUGGCGGAAACAUCCAAGUUGUCAAAAGUUCCAGUUAAGCUGAAAGAUGUGAGAGGAAUGAUGGAAGCGCUUAAAAGUGAGCUCUUUGAAGUCCUUCUUUUUGUAAACAACGUAAAGAAGAUCACAUUGUGCGACAUCGAUGACAAUGGGCAAGUGGCGAACUCUUACUGUGUGGAAGCAUUGAUAUCCGAGCAAGAUGCACGCAAGCGACUUCAAUUCGCCAGCUACAUAAAGAAGAUUGGAAAACUGGUGAGAGAAGGAGAGUCGCUGCCCUUCAACGACGGAUCAAAACAAUGUUCCUACUUUAUGACCUUGUGCGACAAUGUGGGAAACGAGGAAAACUGGUUCAUUGUUCAGAAGUUUGGUUUUGAGAACAGCGUUGCAAAAAGCAUUCCCGAAGCUUUCAGAAGGCAAGACCUUGCGCUGCUUCCCUUGGGUGGCGUUGCUUGUCUUUUGAAAAAGGAGCCAAAGAGAAGGGCAGCAGUGGAGAGGAAAAAGAAAGCCUAUUGUUUUCUUCCGUUGCCUGUUAAAACUGAUCUCCCAGUCCACAUAAAUGGCCACUUUGCGCUUGGCCACGAGGCCAGACGAGAUUUAUGGAGAGAUGAAACUGGAGGAUAUCGAAGCGAUUGGAACAAUAGUUUGCUGGCUGAUGUAAUCGCGUCUUGUUACUUAACACUUCUAGAUGAAGUGAGGAGCUGCUAUCAGCCGCCAGUCUUGCAAAGCCCUGACCCAGGCAGAUCGAGUUGUAACGAAAACGAUUUGAUUAGACGCCUCCAGGAUUAUGAAAAGUUGUUCCCAACAUUUUCUAGCAAAGAUUCGCCCUGGAACCCGUUAGUUAAAUCAGUGUAUCAAGGGAUGAACAACAAGCAACUUCCACUCCUGCCGGUGGUUCGUAGCUCGACUCGCAGACAUGAAGCAGAAUUGAAAUGGUUUCCACCGACGGGCACAGGAAACGAUCAAGCAUUCUUUAACAACCUAGAAGCUGAAGAAACUAGAGAGAGGAGGAGAACAAAGAGGAAAAUUAGUAGUGUGGCCGAAAUAUUGGUGCAAGCAGGUUUUAAUCUGGUGAACUUUUCGUUGUCUGUUUUUCAUAAUUUGGUGCAGUCUGGAGUGAAUGCCCGUUGCGUAUCUCCUGCGUCGGUAGUAGAUUUUCUGAAGACCUUCAGUAGCCAAGAUUCUUUUUGCAGGAUUGGACCACUACCAGUCGUUGUUAGCGAAACUCCGUUCAGAAACGAAAUUGGCGUUUCCCUGCUGCUUGCCUACUGCAAAGAUCAAGAACAGUUCUGCACGCAUUUAUCAGGCCUUCCCUUACUUCUUACGCAAGACAACAUCCUUCGUGUGUUUGAUCUUGAAGAUCCAAAAUUCCUUUCUGAUUACUACGACAUUUUGCCACAUUGUCAGGAGAUGUUUGUUCAUGAGCGACUAAAAAGAGAUAUCUUUCAAGGCGGCGCAAGCGGUGACGCCCCUGUCUUCCAACCAUUUGACGUCAAAGCUUUUUCCAGAAACUUGCCUAAAGCAUUACCAUCUUUGUACCACGGUGAAGAUUACGUCAGCUGGUCCCCAGAUAAGAAGACGGAGCCAUCCCGCCACUGGAUUUCCAGAGUAUGGGGUUUCCUUCAGGAGGUCGUGGGUACGUCUCAAAGCUAUUCAGAGCCGAGCUGCACUUUAGACGUACUAGCACCUUUGUCUAGCUGGAGCAUUCUUCCGGCAACGGAACCGUUAGACAACUUCUUGAAUGUUUCAAGUCCAGUCGCAGAUGACUUCCUGGUGCCCUUGAAACUGGCAGAGUCUGUGCUUGAUUUCACGAAUAUCGAGGCCACGCUUGCUUGUUCACGCCCGCUUGGUCGCGCUCUUAGGAGCCUUGGGCUACCCGAGCUAAAUUGUACUACACUUCCCAGCUCACCCCAAUACAUGAAUCUUCCGCGGCGUAUUGUGGCAUCUCCUUUAAAACCAGUAUCACUUCUUACAGCACUUCACAGCCGAAUGAUGAGGAAACCACGCUCCUUGCAAGGAAAAUUGGAUCGAUCUGGUUGCAAGACCAUCUUGAAGUAUUUUUGUGACAACCUAAACAGCCUAGAGUCCAUGCCUUCUAGCAAAGAUAUCUUGAGAAAGCUACCCUUUUAUCUAACAACACAUGGUGGUCUUGUCGCUAUUGAUGACCAAAGAAGCGUUUGCCUCUUACCGAGUGGAAUACCCAGGAUUGAAAUGAAUCAGCUAGAAAGUGAAGUCAAGGUGUUGUUCCUGGAAUGUAUGCAAGAUCUCUCUAACUUGUACAAAUAUCUAUCGUUUGACAGCAUAUCCUCAGUGAAUGUGUACUGUGAGUUUAUCUUGCCAAACUUUAACGUUUUCAGCAGAGAGGCAAGGGAAACGCACCUCAAGUACAUCCGAGAUUCAGUUUUCACAAGCACUUUGCUGAACGACCACGAUGAACAGAGACUGACCGACUGCCUAAAAAACAAGGAAGUCAUUACCACAAAGAAUGGAACAUUGAGAAAAGCAAAUUCUUUCUAUGACCCACGUAAUGACGUUUUCAAGGCUAUGCUUUCUGGGGACAAGUUUCCAAGUGAACCUUUCAAUUCAGACUGGUGGCUUCUGUUUAUGAAGAAGAUUGGGAUGGUAUGUGAAGUCUCGUGCGAUCAUUUUAAGAGAUUCACCGCUGAGGUUGCGCACGAAGCGGUCACGCAACGUACUGAUACAACAGACAAGAAGUCCAAGGUUUUGGUCUCCCAUCUUUUCAGUCGAUCUCAAGUACUGAGUGAGGGUCUGCUGCAAGCUGUUUGUGGUGUUCGUUUUGUGGUCUCAGAUCCUGUACGGGAAGACCUUCUAAAUCUACAUGCACAAUUUGGUGAAAGAGAAGACGGCAAAACUCCGUACAUUUCUUUUAAAGGCUCUGUGGUGUCUGACCAUGCUGAAGCUGUAUGGACGACAGCGUAUCUGCUCCCUAAGUGGGCAGAUCCAAGUUUUCAUUUUGGAGGUGCCUUUUAUCUUCCGCAACUUUAUGUUCUCUCAAAUCCUACGCUAGAACUGGUUACGGCUCACUGUAUCAGAAUCUCUCAUCAUCUGGCAAAGCAGAACGACACCAAAGUGCCAGAAGAACAGAUUGCGACGAGAAGAUCAGUCAUGAGAAAGAUUUACACUUUGCUGCAGGACAAAGUUAUCACUGAAAGUAAUGUAAAAGGCGGUCUUGAAAGUGCACCGUGCGUUUUGGUUGAGAAAGGUACAAGGCUCGUGCAAGCUAAACAGGUUGUACUCGAACUGCUCGAGAGAGACGAGAUAUCACCAUUUCUUUUUCGCGUUCCUCCUGAAUUUGGAGAGUUUCACCAGCUGUUUCAUCACCUUGGCUGCUCAAAGUCCGUACAAUCAUCCCACUACGCGAUGGUUUUGGAAAUGCUACAUGAUCAGUGUCAAGAAAAUAAGCUGCAUCCGAACGAGAUCCAAAGUUCCAUGCGAGCAGUUAGGGGCCUCUUUGAAAGCUUGCUAAAGGAUUCAGAGAAAAAUGUUGAUCUCCUAAAACUAUACUUGCCAGCAUUGUGUCCACACAGUAGGAGCCCCAGUGGCACUUCUGAAGUUACAUUGCACAAGUCGACGGACCUGAUCUUCGACGACGCGCCUCAGUAUCAAAGUCGGCUGCAGCAUUUCAAGCAACUAUUUUUGGUGGAUCUGAAGAGGGCAGAACUGCAAUUUACUUCAUCCAUGAACUACAAGGACUACAUCAUGCGUCUUCCAACUGAUUGUCGCCCGAAGGUGUUGUCUGAUGUGGUGGAGGAGAAGUUUGUUGAUAAUCAGGAUUCGAUCGGUCGUGGUAGUUCACCUGUUCAGCUGAGCGUCGCUGAUUCCUUGACAAAACAGCUCGGCUCACAACAAUUCUGUCAUGCAAUCUUAAGGCUUAUUCGUCAUGCAAACCAUGAAAGUGGAAAUUUGGACGAUACUGUCAUCGCUUCUGUAAAAGAGAGACUAAAAAACAUCGAGUUUCUUGGGAUGAACAGAAUUGAAACCAAGCUGAUGUACGAGGGAAUUCCUAUUCCAGGCAGUGAAACGGAAGUGCCACUUUUUGUAGAUAAGGUUUCGAAGGCCGGUAAAGUUCUUUGGAAGGUCUAUAUUGUUGCAGAGGAGGAUGCAACUCUUGGCAACAUAUCUUUGGCCUUAACGGAAGUGAUUUCAGAAGCCUGCGAAGGAUUGUUACGGCACACAGUUAUGUUCAUUCCAGAGAUGUUGCGCGCGGAUCCCACUGAGAUAUGGUCAAUCCUGGACACCAUGAAAAUUCGCCAAGAUGACUCAUACGACGCGUCACAAAGCAAUGUGUUGCCACAGCCGGGAAAUUUCAUUCCCAUUGAAGAUCACCAUCUCUUAAACGAAGCAUUUGAAGAAUUCACACCUGGAGAAUAUGUUGCAUUGGAAUUGGAUGAUCCCAGUCUGAGCAAAGAGAAUGGAGAUGCUACCUUCAUCUAUGCCAUAAUAAUCGAGGAAACAAAUUGCGAGGGUGCCACUGUCUACACAAAACUAUACACAGUGAAUAUAGGCCAUGACAAAAGGGUUGCCGAAUCGGCUGAUUUGUACAAAUUUCACCGUUUUCAGUUCUGUGAAGAAGCAGGAAGCUCCUCCCAAACAAAAGACAAAACGAAGAUUUUGGCACAGAUCACAGAAGUGCUCGAAAUGGCAUGGCAAUUACCAGAGGAAAGGAGAAGAAAAAUCGUGAAGAGACUCUUCUUACAGUGGCACCCAGACAAGACGCUUGAAGACCAAGCAUUCUGCCAGGAUGUUUUCCAGCACCUUCAGGAUGAGUUGGCAAGAUUGGAGAGCAACAAGGCACGACGCACAAGGAGGAAGGGCUCUGGAAGCACAAAACCAAACCAUUACGAAGCUUUUUUUGAUUUCUGGGGAACGCGUGCCCGAAGGCAUCAAGCUCAGCGCCAGGAAUACAAGGCAAUUUAUUUGGAAAGGUUUGGAUCGCGUGAAGUGACGUCGGCGUUACACGGCUCAACAACAGUCAUUCCCCCAAGUUUUUGUAAGAAGAAUCCUCAACCAGGUGAGGCACGCCGCUGGUUUAGACAAGCGAGAGCCGACCUCAAGGCUGCUGACAAAGACUUGGCGGCUGACAACCCAUCCUAUGAAUGGGCGUGUUUCAAGUGCCACCAGGCCGCGGAGAAGGCACUCAAGGCAGCUCAAUAUGCAGAUGAUGCUUUCAAGACCCGUGCGCAUAGUCUGAUACAGAUUGCUUCACGUUUGGACGACUCAGAGUUAACCAGCUUGGCAAGUCAACUGGAGAGUAGCGUGGUAGACUCGACACGUAUGCGCUAUCCCGACCGAGUCUAUUACCCUCAGAUACCCAACGAUGUCUACACGAACGAUACAGCCCAAAAGGUUCUAGAGCUGGCGUCGACAGUCCUAGAGAGAGUCGGCGACAAACUCUCAAAAUUGUAAUCGUUGAUCAGGUCUUAAGACGUACCCGAAGUAGCGGCAUUGUAUCAUUUAACAUAAAUUUUGUGUGUGAAUUAGUAGCUCUGCACCAGAGAUUCCGGGAGGGAAUAUUUGGUCGAUGCGUGACCUUUUCGCAUUCGAAGAACUGUGUAUUCUGGUACAGUACUGUGCAGGUUCAGCUAGGAGUAAUAGGGAGCUUAAGCAACGGCGACGACGACGCCGAGGACAACGCCUGGUAAAAAAUGAAUUCAUAUUUUACAAGCGAAAUUCGCGAAUGUCUAGAUCUGUUCAGUACGCCAAUGGCACUAAAAACUUGCUUAGGUUAAAUAUGCAACGACGGCGUAUAGUUCCAAAUGGCAAUGCGAAAAACUAGCCGUCGUCGUCCACGUUUCGUAGACGACGCAGAACUUGAUCAUUUCACGUUGUUGUUUUGCAGAGGA